GAACCAGUUGGGAAUGGCGAUAUAAUGUGCUGGUUAGCUCCAAAUUUAUGCAGGGCCAGUACCUAAGAUGUGUAAGGAAGAUUUCAUUUUACAUCCUGAGAAGGGAGGAACGAUAAAAUUCCUCUCUUCUCUUUACCCAACCGGAAAGGAGCAAGGCUUCAAAGAAUAUCCCCAGCAUUUCAGGUCUCAGAAUGGAUGGAUUAUCAAAAUUUCCAUCCUCGUAAUAAAAGUUUUGCAUUCUGCUGCUAAACCCAUGGAAUGGAUUGGAUCUAUGGUUGAGUUGCUCUUGAAUCUAUUAUCAAACAAUGGAGGACUCACAGGAACAAUUUAUAGGCUUCUAAGAGGGCAUGGCGUGAUAAUUCCCAAAAGGGGUACAGAAAAUUUCAUUAGUUUCAUUGGACACUUGGAUCGCCGUCUGGAUUUACAUCAUACCAAUGAAAAGAUUAUCGAAUUGGGAAGCAGAUAUUGCGCGGAUAUCUCUGUGAUGGCUUCAAAAUUAGCAUAUGAAAAUGAAUCUUUAAUCAGCAAAGUGGUCACCAAACAUUGGAAGAUGCAUUUCGUGGAGUACUUCAGCUGCUGGAAUCAAUUCUUGAAAACAUGGUCCACCCAAGCCUUCAUAUUCUGUGAUAAGGCAGAAAAUGCAAAACUGGUGGUGAUUGCAUUCAGAGGCACAGAACCAUUCAAUGUAAACGAUUGGAGCACUGAUUUUGACAUAUCAUUGUACAAAAUGGAGCCAAUAGGGAGAGUUCAUCUUGGAUAUCUUGAAGCAAUGGGCCUAGCAAAUCGUUCCGAUAAAGAUUGUGCCCAAUUUCAUCUAAAACCCAAUAAAAGCAAUGGGUGGCCAGAAAAUGUCCCAGAAGACACUAGAAAGCCUCUGGCGUACUAUGCCAUUAGAGCUAGACUAGAAAAAUUGCUUAAAGAGCACAAGGAUGCCAAGUUUAUUGUGACAGGGCACAGUCUGGGUGGUGCUCUUGCAGUCCUAUUUCCUGCAAUACUACUUCUGCAUAACCGGAAAAGGCUCCUGGAAAAGAUGUUAGCAGUUUAUACAUUUGGGCAACCCAGAGUUGGUGAUGAAGAUAUGGGAAAUUAUUGGAAUAAAAACAUCAACCAACCUGAGCCAAGGUAUUUCCGAGUAGUAUACUGCAAUGACAUGGUUCCCAGGUUGCCCUACGAUAAUAACGAGUUUAUGUUCAAGCAUUUUGGAGAAUGUAUCUACUACAAUAGCUUCUACAAACAGAAGACACUGAAGGAACAACCCAACAGAAAUUUUUCAGCCUUAUAUUGCAUUCCAACUAUGUACCUAAAUGCAAUAUGGGAGCUUAUACAGGGCAUGAUGAUUGGGUAUACAAAAGGAAAACAUUUCAGAGAAGGGUGGUUUGGAAUGGUGUUUAGAUGCAUAGGGAUUGUGUUACCGGGCGUCUCAGCUCAUAGCCCUGUCAACUACGUAAAUGCCAUACGAUUGGGCGAGCCCUCAUCUGAUAUGGCCGAUACAAAAAAAGUUCGUUAAAGGAGUUGCCAAUCCAUUAUUGGCUUCUCAUCUCCAUGAAAAUCGUUGCACUCUUGUAAUUUAGGGCAUACUGCAAUAAUUGUGUGUAUGUUGGAUUGUGACAAUCAAUAAAGCAUCGCAUCUUAUCUUA